AUGCCACAAUUAAACCCAAUCCCUUGGGUAUUUCUUUUUGCUUUGGCGUGAGGUGUUUUGAUUUUUUGGGGAUUACAUAAGUUUACGAAUGUUAUUAAUCCAAUUAUAGAAAUGGAUAAUGAAAAUGUGGGAGGUGACCAAAAGGAAUAUUUAUGACCAUGGUAG